AUGGAGGAGCCAGUGGUUUCCCCCUCUUCCUCCUCUCUCCACCAUCGCCUCCAAUUCCUCCUCCACACACCGCCACUCCCCUGGGCCUACGCCAUCUUCUGGCAGACCACCACCGACCACAGUGGUGCUGUUUUCCUCUCAUGGAGCGAAGGCCACUUCCAGCCCUCCCCUAACUCCACUUCCUCCUCCUCCCCUGAAGACUCCCACAGCCCCCCUCUCCUCCCCGACGCCCCCCUCGACCUCGAGUGGUUCUACAUGAUGUCCUUAACCCAAUCCUUCGCCUCCGCCCAUGGCCUUCCUGGAAGAUCCUUCUGCUCCGGCGCGGCUGUCUGGCUCACCGGCCCGGACGAGCUCGAGCGGUACGACUGCCAAAGAGCCAAGGAGGCCAAAUCUCACGGCAUCCAAACCCUCCUCUGCGUCCCAACCCCUUACGGCGUCCUCGAACUCGCAUCCCAACAGAUAAUCCCCGAGGAUUGGGGCUUAGUCCAACAGGUGAAAUCCGUGUUGGAGUCGGACAUACCCAAUUUCAGAAACAGCAGCAGUCCACUUCCGUUGUUGGAGCAAGACGUCAAUUGGAGGAGAUUGGGUUCAUGA